CAGCUAGCCCAGCUAGCCGCGGCGGCUAAGGCUAGCGGCUAAUGCUAGCUGCUGCUAGCUAGUGGCGCUAUGAUGGCGGAGCUGCAGGGACAGGCCUCGAGCAGCCAGCCGGGGCUCAAGUCGGACGGCCUGGCCGACGUCUUGCAGCGGGCCCGGCAGAUGGUGGGCAAGAUGGGCGGCGACGGCGGGGGCGUGACGCACAUCAACAGCUCGGCGGCCGGCGGCGAGCCCUCGCUGUACUACGCCGGACAGAAGCGAGCCGUGGAGGACGCAGGUAAUCAGCUGUCAGCAGUGGGGCACCAACGGGUGAUGACGGAAGACUACAAGGUUCCUGACAGGAUGGUGGGUUUCAUCAUUGGCAGAGGCGGCGAACAAAUCACCAGAAUCCAGUUAGAGUCGGGUUGUAAGAUCCAGAUCGCUGCCGACAGUGGAGGUCUGAUGGAGCGUCCGUGUUCCCUGACUGGGACUCCAGAGUGCAUCGAACAGGCAAAGCGGCUGUUGGUCCAGAUCGUGGAGCGCUGCAGGAACGGUCCCGGUUUCCACGGCGACGGGGAUGGCGGGGCCCUGGUGCAUGAGAUGCUGAUCCCAGCCAGUAAGGUGGGGCUCGUGAUUGGUCGAGGAGGAGAAACCAUCAAACAGCUGCAGGAGCGUGCAGGAGUGAAGAUGAUGAUGAUCCAGGACGGUCCGAUGCCAACGGGAGCCGACAAGCCCCUCCGCAUCUCCGGGGACCCGUACAAAGUUCAGGCUGCCAAGGAGCUGGUGUUGGAGGUGAUCCGAGACAAGGAUGCAGACUUCCGGUCAGGACGCAGUGACUUCUCCGCCCGGCUGGGAGGAACCAACCUGGACGUUCCUGUUCCCAGGUUCGCGGUUGGCAUCGUCAUCGGCCGCAAUGGGGAAAUGAUCAAGAAGAUCCAAAAUGACGCCGGAGUGCGGAUCCAGUUUAAGACAGAUGAUGGCAUCAGCCCGGAGCGUGUCGCCAUGGUGAUGGGUCAGCCGGACCGAUGUCAGCACGCCGUCCACCUCAUCAACGAGCUCAUCCACACCGCACAGGUAACACGCACCACACACGCCGGCGGCCCGUGCGCACCUACUCCCUGCGCCUGCACGCCACAGGAGCGGGACGGAUUCGGCUCGGCGCUGAGGGGCAGCAGGGUCCGAGGUCGCGGCGACUGGGCGGUGGGCUCCCCCGGGCCGCUCCAGGAAGUGACCUACACCAUUCCCGCCGACAAGUGCGGCCUGGUCAUCGGCAAAGGUGGCGAGACCAUCAAGAGCAUCAACCAGCAGACCGGCGCUCACGUGGAGCUGCAGAGGAACCCGCCGCCUUCCACCGACCCCAACACGCGCAUCUUCACCAUCAGAGGUUCCGCCCAGCAGAUGGAGCACGCUCGCCAACUCAUCGACGACAAGAUCGGGGGUUCCGGCAUCAUGAGUAACGGCGGCUUCGGCUUCAGUCCCUUCACUCAAGGCCCCACCCACCAGAACUGUGGUGGCGCUCAGCCCUUCUUGACGGGCGUCUGGGGGAACACGUAUCAGACUGGCUGGCAGAACCCGGGACAGCAAGACCCUGGGCAGCAGAGUCAAGCUGGCAGUGUGAUGAGUGACUACAGUAAAGCGUGGGAGGACUACUACAAGAAACAAACUCAGUCAUCCCAGCAGAGCUCGCUGCCGGACUACACGGCGGCGCUAGCAGAGUACUACCGCCAGCAGCCAUACCUGUGGAACCCCGCCCAGAUCCAGGAUCACUAGAGGCCCCCCCUCCCCCCACGUGGGUGGCGGUCGCCAUGGCAACCCGCCCCACCCGGCGACGCUCCACCUCCUUACUUUUUUUGUAGAGCGAAAUCACGAGAAAACCGGAAGUGGUCUUCUGCUUUUAACCUCCAAAGUCGACGGUGUGUCCAACUUCCUGUUUUGUUUUGUUUUGUGAGCGUGGACACGUUUGAACAAAGUUGACUUUCACCUUCUUUCAGCUUCACGCUAGCAGUCUUGACAAACUGACCUUCUGUUGUUUUUUUUUAGUCCUUUGAGCAUGCUUUUUGUUCUCUGAUGUUUUAACGCAUUGGACAGAAAUGUAACCUUUUGCCUUUUUCUACCUUUUGACUUGUCCACGCUCCUCCUCGCCUCUCUGUGGGCCAACACUACUUAGCAUGUUAGCUUAGCAUCACUACAUCUGUCUCAGUUGCAGACGAUGCAACUCUUGGUUAGCGCCCGUUCAUCCCCCGCGUCAUGAGCGGCAGAAGCUGGGACGCCAUCUUGGAAGAACAUUCCCACUUCCUGGCCUGUUAGCGCCUUAGCAACCAGCUUUACUUUUGCACCGCCUUCCUCCAUUAGCUAGCAGCGACGUUGGUACUUUUUUCUGUUUUUCUCUGGACUUUCCGCCUAAAUGAAAGCUUUAUUGACUUCAAGUGUGGAGCUCGAAGGUGGAGCGGCGUGUUGCUAGCCUCGCGCGGCGCGUGUUGGACCACAGAGAAGUUUGCGUGGCGACGAUAUGAGUUUGGGUUCAGGGGUCUAUUUAAAUGUUGUUUUUGUUGUUGUUCAUGAGCUAAUAUGCUAAGUGUUGACUUCCUAAGCUCCUCAGUUCUCAAGACUGCUAUGCUAACGCUAACACCUCCCGGCCCUGUGAGUCGCUCAGGCUGGUUAGCCGUUAGCGCGGCGGCUCAGAGUGGGCGCUCCCCUCCAGCCACUCCCCGCUCCCCUCCUCCCCCCGGUUCGGGCCACACCCCCACCCACUGAACCGGGACCGUACACGAGCGCCGUCCACGCCGUUUUAGUUCUUCCGAGCUCCGCCCCCUUGGCCAGGGGGGCGUUUUUUUGGUUUAUGUUUUUUUUUUUGUAACGGACUCUGGUCCAAGUGUAACCUGCAGAUGUUUCUAGAAGAUUCUAUUGACUGAUGAGGAAGUGAAGAUAACGAGGGCUAAUAAAGUGGCGCCUUCUUUCUGACUUCCCCGCGUCUCCUUCGCGCCGCUGCGGCGAGCCACGCCCCCUCGGUGGACGGCCCGGGCCCUCCUCGCAGAGUCUCAUCUAUUAUUCAUCAUUAUUAGCGAUCCUUGAAAUAUUCAUGUUCCCGCCGCCCCCCGACAGAUGCCGUGAUUGAUGAUGUCAUCGGUCAUUAAGACGGGUGUGUGCGUGCACAGGAAGUAGUUACUGCAGCAUACUGCGCGUGUGGUCAGUAAGUACAGUAAAGUGGUCGUUAAGUACACUUCGUCUUUGACCGCAAGUGGGCGUGUCCUUGUCUCGCCGCCAGAAAAGCCCCAUGCGGCGAUUGGUUGGUUUUAGUCUUGUUUUUCAACUAUUUCUUGGCACUUGACGUUGUUAUGACAACAAACAAUUAGCUAUCAGCAAGAAUAAUACCAACUUUUAAAUAUUGUGUGGCUUCUCAUAUGUUAUUUUGAGUACAAAUAAGUCUGGUGAGAGCAUUGACCCCUGGGGCACGCCGCACUGAGGGACAUCGACUUUAACGCUAAAGGGUUUUUUUUUAUCCCAUUUAUCAGAAACAAAAGCCUUUCUUUUUUUAUGUUUGCAUUGUUUUAAUCGCAGGUGAAGGUCCCGUCUGUGAGGUAAACAAAUGAUAAAGAAAUGUUGAGAGAAAGUGAUUGUUUAUUGGAAGUAUUUAAAGCAGAUAUAUUAAUCACAGUUUCCAGGUUGAUCAUGAUUUAUUGACAUUUGCAACACUGUGUGAAAUUGUAGUGUUGAAACAUCAAUGGCAGGACAUAAAAUGCAAAUAUUUGACAGA